CCCUCUUCUUCUACUUCUUCAGUAGGUAUUCAUAUACACAUAUGCCAAUUCCGUGAGAUCCUCGUCGCGAUAGCUUAGAUAGCUACCGCAUCCAUGGCCGACUCCCGAACACUGCGCAUCGUUACCGCCGCGACUUUCUUGCCUGCGUUUGCCCUCUGUGUCGCGCACGGCGUCAUCUCAGGCAGCCCCGCCCCCGCAGUCGGCCUGGUGCCGCUCGCCUUCUCAGCCGGCACAGGUAUUUUUCUAAAUUCGCGGCAGUCUAAGAGUAAACAGACACCGUCAGAACCGGAGCCGGAGCCGGAGUUGGAGCAAGGGGUAACCGAGGAGAGUGCUCUAGAACAGGAAUAUGAACGAGGACCAGAGACGGAAGACACGCAGCAGAGCCGAGAGGCAUCUGAUGCGCCCACUCCAUCUCCGGCGCCGAAAUCGACUUCGUCCCACCCCAUCCUCAUCUUCGCCGUCGAUACGAUCCUUGCUGCAGCACUCAUGGUAGUUCUUGUCUUCACAUGGAUCGAUUCCAGCAGCAGCAGCACUAACAGUGCCGAAUCGGUCAUGUUGGCCGCAUACGCGACAAUCCCACUACUAAUUAAUUUUUUGAUCCAUCUCUUCCUAGCGGUACGCGAAUUCUCUCGCGGCCUCGCAAUCCCGGGGCUGACGCAAUACCUCGCGUGGCAGGCUGUUCCGCCCGACUGUCCUAACUGUGGACACCAGCUGCGACCAGAUGCUCCUCCCAGCAUGCCGUGGCUCGACGGGGCGUCGCUACCGAGGCCGAACUUCAAGAUCAAGAGCGUAAAGUGGAAGUUACCAACAAUCCCGAAGGUGAAGGCGCCGAAAUGGAAGACGCCGGCUUGGUUCAGGAAUCGUGGCGCACGCGGGUACGCGCCCUUGUUUGUUUCUACCGAUCGCGAUGACGAGGAAGAGACUGCUGCACCGAUUGCCCCGUACAGAGACGACCCCGAAGUGGGCGAGCCGUCUACUCGGCUUGAGGGCCCCGAGACGCCGGAGCCCGAAGUGAUUGAUAUCGUGGGUAAGAAGAGCAAGAGGCUAGGGAGAAAUUCCUCGUCGUCGCCCUCGGCCUAAAGGGAAAGCUUCUUUCCCGAUUUAUUUUCACUUUCAUAUUUCAUGGCUGUGCGUUGGUUUUACGGGAAUGAUGUUAUCAAGCGAAAAGAAGGCAUGAUACCCCUGUGAUUGAAAGCUGCUUCCGGGCGUUCAUAUUGAAGAAUGUGGUAAUUUUCAAUGCUAUAAUUGCAAAAUUUAGAUACCUAGUAUA